AAAGGUAAAAGCAAAAGAAAUGUGUUUAGAUGAAACUCUCUCUCUUUCAAGUUUAAAGCUUAUAAAACACGAAAGCAGGAAGGAAGAAGAAGAAGCUCCAAAGUCAAGGGAGCAAAUCAACCAAUACCCUUCUUCUGAUUCAGCAAUCGAGAAAGCUUCUCCUUCUUCAAAAUCCAAUUUCCAUUUACUUUUCUUCUAUAAAUUCCAGAAACAAAAAAAAUGAAGUCGAGUUCACCGAAAUGCAUCCCCGUCGUCUCCACCUUCGCCUCACCCUUCGACGUAACACCACCACCGUCCUCAGACACAACCCGUAAGCCCCUGAGUCUCUGGCCUGGUAUGUACCACUCUCCCGUCACCAUCGCUCUAUGGGAAGCGAGGUCCAAGAUCUUCGAGUCUCUCCUCGAUCCACCCAAAGACGCGCCUCCUCAGAGCGAGCUUCUCACCAGGACUCCCUCCCACAGCCGAACCACCAUCUUCUACCCUUUCUCCACCGAUUUCAUCCUCCGCGAGCAGUACAGAGAUCCCUGGAACGAGGUCCGCAUCGGGAUCUUGCUCGAAGAUCUCGACGCUUUGGCCGGUACUAUCUCCGUCAAGCACUGUUCUGAUGACGAUAGCACAACGAGGCCACUCUUGCUGGUCACAGCUUCUGUUGAUAAGAUUGUUUUGAAGAAGCCCAUUAGUGUCGACAUCGAUCUCAAGAUUGUUGCUUCUGUCAUUUGGGUUGGCCGCUCAUCCAUCGAGAUUCAACUCGAAGUUAUGCAAUCUGAACUCGAUGCUGAAGCUGCUUCUCCAGAUUCGGUUGCGCUAACAGCCAACUUCAUCUUCGUGGCGCGUGACUCCAAAACCGGUAAAGCCGCUCCCAUCAACCGCCUCUCUCCAGAGACCGAGCUCGAGAAGCUUCUCUUCGAGGAAGCCGAAGCUAGGAACAACUUGAGGAAGAAGAAACGAGGAGGCGAGAGGAAGGAUCUCGAUCACGGGGAGUAUAACAACAAGCUGGGGGCUCUGUUAGCCGAAGGGAGGAUCUUCUCCGACAUGCCAGCGCUCGCGGACAGAAACAGCAUCCUCCUGAAAGACACACGUCUCGAGAACUCGCUGAUAUGCCAGCCGCAGCAGAGGAACAUCCACGGGAGGAUCUUUGGAGGGUUUCUGAUGCACAGAGCGUUUGAGCUGGCCUUCUCUACAGCUUAUACGUUCGCGGGUCUUGUGCCUUACUUCUUAGAAGUCGAUCACGUUGAUUUUCUCAGACCAGUGGACGUUGGGGACUUCUUACGUUUCAAAUCGUGUGUGCUUUACACUCAGCUGGAUAAGCUGGAUUGUCCGCUCAUCAAUAUCGAAGUUGUUGCUCAUGUUACUAGCCCGGAGAUUCGUUCCAGCGAGGUUUCGAAUACAUUCUAUUUCAAGUUCACUGUGCGGCCAGAGGUAAAGGCUAGAAACAAUGGGUUUAAGCUUCGGAGCGUUGUUCCUGCCACAGAGGAAGAAGCUCGUCAUAUACUCGAGCGCAUGGAUGCAUAAGCUUUGAAACAAAAGUACACAUAACUAUACAGUAAUACCGGUAAUAAAAAUAAAAACUUUACUUAUCAGGUCCUAUAUCCUCUGACCACAGAUUAACUAGAAAUGUAGAGGCAUUUCUUGUGUAUCUACUUUAUAUAAUAAUUCAAUCAAAGAUUUGGUCUACUCA